AGGGGGUAAGUUAGCAAACUGGUUGGUUUGAAUGCCACAUCGGCGCUUUGACAGUUAACGUCACUCCAACUGUGGAAGAAUCUGCUUUUUUUUGUGUUGAACUUUUGGUCAAAACGUGCAGGACUCCGGAUUAUACCGUGGGUUGACGAUGCAGAAAUCCUGUCCUCCAGCUGACUGACAGGAUGACAGGAAGUCACUGAGCGCCGCGAAGGUUUUCUCUGUUUGGAAAAGGUGGAUUUCCAGUCAGCCAUGGAUCGGGAGGAGGAGGAAGAAGAUCUGACGGUAAAGAGGAGCCAGAGGGAGGCGGACGUCUUCACAUCCGUGUGCUGCCUGGGCUGCCUGUCCCGCAUCAACCUCCUGGUGGCGGUGUGCGUGGGCAUGUACGUCCGCUGGGAGGUGACGAACGAGCCCAUGAUCCUCGUCAUCUUCAUCCUCGGCCUGUUUGUGCUGGGCAUCGCCAGCAUCCUCCACUACUACUUUGCCAUGGAAAAGGCCAGCCUCAGCUUGUUCCACUUGUGGUUCGGCUUCCUGCUGGGGCUCCUGUGCUUCCUCAACUCCUCCGCCUUGAGCGCCAACGUCAAGGAGCUGGUGGCUAACUAUCUCCUCCUAUCCAGCGCCGCCAUGAAGGCGGUGUGGGCCUUGACCGAGCGCCUCUGCAGCACUUUUCACCACAAACCCACCUUGCUGACGACGGUGGAGUGGCUGGAGCUCCUGGGAUUUGCCAUCGCUAGUACCACCCUGCUCUUUCAUAUGUCGGUGGCCAUAAUAGGGUUGGUUGUGGCUCUGGGAGCUCUGAUAGUAGACUUGAGGAUGAAAUCCCUCCUGUCCUUGCUCAACUUGAUUGCCUUUGCCUUGGUGACCUCGCUUGUGUUUUUUCAUGCUUUGGGCUUCUCGGCAAACCCGUUUGCCUUAAGCUGCUACCUUUGCCGGCUCCUGUGUGAGCCCGUGUUGGAUCUAUACUUCAAUGGGCUGGGGCCAGCUGAGCGCUGGAUGCCGGUGUUUUCUCUGGGGACGGUGUGGAGGAGGCUGUCCCUGAUCCCUCUGUGCCUGAUGGAGUUGGCCUUCUUCGUCUUUGCUGCCUUCAAGCUCGGCCACUUGGAUCAGUGGUAUCUGGUCAUCCCGGGCUUCUGCAUCUUUGGCCUUUUCUGGGCCAUCUGCCACGUCAUUUUGCUGAUUACAGUUUGGGGCUUCCACACCAAGCUGAGCGAGUGCCAGAAGGCUUGGCGGGUCCACCGCACCAGGAGCCAAAGUCUGGAGCAAGUCAUGGCCUCCCGAGGCAUCCGGCACUUCUGUCUGAUCUCUGAGCGCCUGGUGUUCUUCAGCCUCAUGUCCACGGUCAUUCUGGGGGCCGUGUCCUGGCAGGCCUCCAAUGGUCUCUUCCUCAGUGCUCUGCUUAUUGUGCUCUCCCUGGAGUCUCUGGCUUACAGCUUGUUCCAUGAACUGGGCAGCUGCCUCGGAGGAACCUGUGUCGGCUAUGCUCUGGUCAUACCUACCUCUUACUCCAGUUCUGGGGGCCAGCCCACGCAUUUACCACCACAAUACGUGCAGGAGAUGAACCUCCGCUCCACGGGAAUGCUCAACAACAUCCAGCGUCUCUUCUCGCACCACAUGAUCCAGACUUUUGGCUGUGACUACUCGACAAGCGGUGUUAAUCUGGAGGCCGUGCAAAACAAGCUGCGCACUUUUCUAGAGCUUCGGACAGCGGACGGACCACGGCACGACACGUAUCUGGUUUUCUACAGCGGGCAUGCACACAAAAACUCUGGAGCCUGGGCUCUGGCAGAAGGUCAGACUUUCCACCUGGCCCAGUUGCUAGAAAUCUGGAAGGAGAAGAACGCCGACCACUGCUCCCGUCUCAUCAUCGUCUUGGACACGGAAAACUCCCCUCCUUGGGUUAAGGAAGUCCGCAGGAUGGAGGGCGUCUACGUGGCGGUGCAAGGUGCCGAGCUGCCGCCCUCCAGGGUCGAUGCGGAGGCCGGAGACGCCCCCUUGCUCGGCGACUUCACUGCUGAAUGGGUGGAGUUCAACUGCAACGCGACCGGUGACACCCAGUGGUCCGAGAAGGGAAGGACAGUGGUGGCCAUGUACGGCGUGUCCAAACGAUGGAGCGAUUACUCCCUUCACCUUCCAACCGGAAGCGACGUCGCGAAGCAUUGGAAGACUCAUUUUCCGAAGGCCACAUACCCUUUGGUGCACCUGUCAAACUGGUGCUGCGGCCUCAACCUGUUCUGGCUCUGCAGUGUGUGCCUGCGCUGUUUCAGGAGGUGUAAGCUCGCCUGGUUUCCUCCAGCGGUAUUGGAUAUCGGGCAAGGCAUUAAACUAGUGCAGUCGUAGACGAUGAAACAAAAAUAUUACGCUUAAAUUACCAAUGGAUGCUCAAUCCCAAGUCGUUACAUUUUGACGCAUGGUUAAGGACCGUGUUAAAAAUCGACAUUUUGGGUGUCACCAACACAUACUGGCUGUUCCAAUUAAAUCAAGGUUCCACAACCUCUGGGCCAUAACCAGUACCGUAACGUGUACCACAUAGAUACCAUAACCUGGUACCAGAUGCGGAUUGAUACUGAUACCGGACACAGAUCGGUACCAGGGUACUGGACAUGGAUCUCUACCGGUUCCAGACACAGAUCGGGCUAGAGUUAGGAUAAAGUACUUUCCAUGUCCCAAUGUUUGGUCCACGUCCAAUACCGCGUCCAACAAAACGAUUGGCACCCAAUUUAACUGGAACAGCCAGGACGUCAAAAAAUGUGAAGUUGGGGACACUCAAAGCGAUAUGAAGUGACGGGGAGGGGUCCUUAACCACGAGUCAAUAUAUCACGAUUUGGGAAUGAGAAUGCGUUGAUGUUGCGCAUUUGUUACUGGUACAAGAACUUUCUGACAUCCUUUUUUUUUUUUUUUUUGCUUUCAAAGAUUUUACAUUGUUUUUACAUUAAUAAUAUAAUUCUGAAAAGUCUUCAUAAUUUGAAAUGGUUGUUUUUUGUUUGUUGAAAAGGGAUUUAGAAUGUGAAUGGAGGAUCACACAAGUGUUACUGAGAAAAAAACAAUACAAAGAGCUCAAUAAUAUUUUAAUUUUUGACACAAUUUUCAAAACUUAAAACAUAAUCUAACAUAUUUUAAUGUUAUGUUCUUUGAUAUAUGCACUUUUUUUACAUAUUAAUAAUUUUCUUAAAUCUUAAAUAAAAUUAGUUGAGGUAAAAUGUUAUUUUUUUCAACUGAUUACAAAAGUCUGAACAUUGUGUGAUGUUGAAACAAAUAAAAUCAUAUUUUUUUUCUCCAAAUCUAUGCAGAAAUUAUGCAUCUCAGAGGGGGGUGCUUCUAUUAUCUCUUCUCUUUGUUGUAUAAUGUGCGAGUGUGAAGAAGCUUAAGUAGUUUUUGUGCUUCAGUACUUCCUUUAGUACGACAGAAGAGUGAAAAAGCACACUCGAGCUACAAAGGAGUAAAAACAAAACAAAUCCUGGGAAGAGCGUGUGAUUUAUUUCCGAUAGAUGUUAACAAAUGUGUGCCUUUUGAAAUGUGUGACUGACCUUUGAACCAGUAUGCCUUUCUUUAACUCUACUACUUACACUUUUGUUGAUCCUUACCUCUUGACGCCUUCACCUUUUGGUUCUUUCUGGUCUUGUUUUUUCCACGUGAAUCCAGUUUUAGGAAAGCCUCCUUUGCAGCUAACCUUUUUUUCUUUUCCUGUUGCGUCACCUUUUCUGAAAAGGUUUACCUCCUGUGUCAUCUUGUUCGUUCAUACUAAGAAUUGUGUUUUGUAGAAACGUUCCUCUUUGACGCUGCCUUGUAUAAAACCUUUUCACAGAAACAUUGUUAUCGGUACAUUCAUUUUUAUGUGCCCAAAUAAUUCUUUAAUAGUAAUAAAGUGACAAAACAAU